GACAUGAGACAACGACCCAACUCAUUAUCGUUUGGCAGCUGAAACUACACCACAGCGGAAAAGAGUCACCGUCGCAAGUUCUAGGCUCCUGUUGGUGGGUUAGAUACAGAGAAGCUAGCAAACUUGUUUUGCUUGUUAUCCGUGUAUUUAUGUGAGGGUGUUGUUUGGUUACUUAAUCCGGAUUCCUCCAAAAUGCCUAACAUAAAGAUAUUCAGCGGUACCUCUCAUCCGGACCUUGGCCAAAGAAUUUCCGACCGCCUGGGACUUGAGCUGGGGAAGGUUGUGACCAAAAAAUUCAGCAACCAGGAGACAUGCGUGGAGAUCGGGGAGAGUGUCAGAGGAGAGGAUGUCUACAUUGUCCAGAGUGGUUGUGGUGAGAUUAAUGAUAACUUAAUGGAGCUCCUCAUCAUGAUCAAUGCCUGUAAGAUUGCCUCUGCCUCACGAGUCACGGCUGUCAUCCCCUGUUUCCCAUAUGCAAGACAAGACAAGAAGGACAAGGUGGGGAGUCGGGCUCCCAUCUCUGCAAAGCUGGUGGCCAACAUGUUGUCAGUGUCAGGAGCCGAUCACAUAAUCACCAUGGACCUGCACGCCUCGCAGAUACAGGGGUUCUUUGAUAUCCCUGUGGACAAUCUAUACGCGGAGCCAGCUGUGCUGAAAUGGAUCAAAGAGAACAUCAAUGAGUGGAAGAAUUGCACCAUUGUGUCUCCUGAUGCUGGAGGAGCCAAAAGGGUCACCUCUAUAGCAGACAGGCUGAAUGUGGACUUCGCCCUAAUCCACAAAGAGAGGAAGAAGGCUAACGAGGUGGACCGCAUGGUCCUGGUGGGGGAUGUGAAGGACCGAGUGGCCAUCUUGGUUGAUGACAUGGCAGACACAUGCGGCACCAUCUGCCACGCUGCAGAUAAGCUAGUGUCUGCUGGAGCCACAAAGGUCUAUGCCAUCUUGACCCAUGGGAUCUUUUCAGGCCCUGCUAUCACCCGCAUCAACAACGCCUGUUUUGAGGCUGUGGUUGUCACAAAUACCAUCCCUCAGGAGGAUAAGAUGAAACACUGUUCAAAAAUACAGGUUAUUGACAUCUCCAUGAUUCUAGCUGAGGCCAUUCGCCGGACACACAACGGCGAGUCAGUGUCGUAUCUCUUCAGCCAUGUUCCCUUGUAACAUCCCAUGAACAACCCCACCCUGCUUUCACCGGAAACCUGUACCAAAGGACGGAUGUCUGGAGCACCACCAUCAUCUCAACCCAUCCAUUUAUUCCCCAUCGAAGGAAGGAAGGGAGGAAAGAAUGAAGGACAUACUGUGGGGUCAAUUAAAAAAAAAAAAAACUCCUUACCAAUAUUCUGUUACAGUGCACUGGCUAUCAACUGGUUUGACCUUUUGACUUACCAAAUGAAGAUUUUAGUUAAUUGGUGUAUUAAUAUGCCAGGCUGUUUCAUAUUGGCAUUGUCUGCCAUGUUUCACAUAGGUAUUGUUUAUUACAAGAUUGAAAAGCUCUAGUUUACGUUGCUGCUGAAAGCCAUUUUGAGAGAAAUGUUCACGCCAAUAUGGCAUUAUGUUUAAGGAGCUUGUUAUUUUGUUACUGAUCUGUUUUCCGCUACAAGGCGGUCUAUCUACUGCAUUUCCUAGAUAAUGUUAUAAUUUUGAGAUGCUUGUACUGAUAGAAAUCUGCGUUUACACAGUUCAACAACAAAGCAUUGUGUACUGUUUACAUCCACGCUUUAGUUAGACUUUAGUUGUUUUCAUGCCUUUAUAUUUCAAGCUAUAUUCUAGGACGUGUUUGCAGUUCCAAUUCCAAGUGUCCUUAGUUCUAUGCCUUGGUGUGUUGAUACCAUGAUUUUAAUAUUUAGUUGCAUGAUUUUUAUGUAGUUGUAAUCAAAGCAUGACUUUCAGUGCACACAUACAGGUAACUGCCAAAAUAAAGGAAACACCAGCA